GUCGCGCGUGAUUGGCGGAAGCAGAAAUUGCUUUGCGGCCGGCACGGAAACUGCUUUCCUUUCGGCUUCCGCUCCGGGCCCAUGUGAGAUCCAGGCUGGUGAGAUGAGCUCGAGUCGGGCUGCGGAGAGCAGCCUUCUGGCUUUAAACCAACAGGAAGAACUAGAGGAUUUGCCAAGAGAGUACCCCUUGAGCACCAGUGAAGAUGAGGGGGACAGUGAUGGAGAAAGAAAGCAUCAAAAGCUUCUGGAAGCAAUCAGUUCACUUGAUGGAAAGAAUAGGUGGAAAUUGGCUGAGAGAUCUGAGGCAAGUCUGAAGGUGUCAGAGUUCAGUGUCAGUUCUGAAGGAUCAGGAGAAAAGCUGGUCCUUUCAGAUCUGCUUGAGCCUGUUAAAACUUCAUCCUCAUUGGCUGCUGUGAAAAAGCAGCUGAAUAGAGUCAAAUCGAAGAAGACUGUGGAGUUACCCCUUCACAGAGAAGAGAUUGAGCGGAUCCACAGAGAAGUGGCAUUCAAUAAAACCUCACAAGUCCUCUCCAAAUGGGAUCCCGUCGUGCAGAAGAACCGGCAAGCAGAGCAGCUGGUUUUUCCCCUGAGCAAGCAGCAGUCCAUCUUUGCUCCCAUCGAACAUGUGGUCAGUGGCUGGAAGGCAAGAACUCCCCUGGAGCAGGAGAUUUUUAAUCUCCUCCAUAAGAACAAGCAGCCAGUGACGGACCCUUUACUGACUCCCAUGGAAAAGGCCUCUCUCAAAGCCAUGAGCCUGGAAGAGGUGAAGAUGCGCCGAGCAGAGCUUCAAAGGGCCCGGGCCCUGCAGUCCUACUAUGAGGCCAGGGCUCGAAGAGAGAAGAAAAUCAAAAGCAAAAAGUAUCACAAACUUCUGAAGAAAGGAAAGGCCAAGCAAGCCCUAAAAGAGUUCGAGAAGCUGCGGAAGGUCAAUCCUGCUGCAGCAUUGGAAGAACUGGAAAAACUCGAAAAGGCCAGAAUGAUGGAGCGAAUGAGCCUUAAGCACCAGAACAGUGGGAAAUGGGCAAAGUCAAAGGCAGUUAUGGCCAAAUACGACCUGGAGGCUCGCCAGGCUAUGCAGGAACAAUUGGCCAGGAACAAAGAGCUGAUGCAGAAGAUCCAGGUGGCCUCCGAGAGUGCGGAAGAGGAGGGAGGUGCGGAGGAAGAGGGUGAACCCUUUGUCCCUGACGUGGUGAAUGAGGUGCAGGUGAAGGCAGACAGACCGAACCCCUGGAUGUUCAGGAAUCACUCAGGUGACACAAAAGAGGCUGAGGUCCAGGGGGACCCUGAAGAACUUGCAGAGCCUGCAGCCCAGGAGGCUCCUGAAAGUGAGGAAGAAGGACCAGUGGUGGCGGAAGAAAUUCUGUUGAAAGAAUUUGAGGAAAGGCGAUCACUUAGACAAAAGUCUGGGCUCAACCAGAUCGCCAAGCCGGUGGGCAGUCAAGAAGCAAAAGAUCUUAGCAGCCAGGAGGUGCUGUCUGAAUUGAGGGCACUGUCUCAGAAACUCAACAGGGAGAGCCAUCAGUCCAGGAAGCAAGAACUGAGUUCAACGAGGACAGUUCUGGCGGUCCAGAGAGAGGAACCUGCCGGGGAGGAAGAGGAGCCUCUGUUGCUGCAGAGGCCUGAGAGAGCACGAACUCUGGAUGAACUGGAGGAGCUGGGCAAAGAAGGAUGUUUUCAAAACAAGGAGCUUCCCAGAGUUGCGGUAGAAGGGCAGCAGUUGGAGAGGAACCCAAGUAAUCAUCUUGGUGUCCCCAAGGAGAAGAAAAGGAAGGAGCAAAUGAUUGAUCUCCAGAACCUCCUGACCACAAAAUCUCCUUCCAUGAAGUCCUUGGCAGUUCCCACGACAGUAGAGGAGUUGGAAGAUGAAGAGAGAGAUCAAAGGCAGAUGAUAAAGGAAGCUUUUGCUGGGGAUGAUGUCAUCAGAGACUUCUUGAAAGAGAAGAGGGAAGCCGUGGAGGCGAGUAAGCCGAAGGAUGUGGACCUGACUCUGCCUGGCUGGGGCGAGUGGGGUGGUGUGGGCCUGAAGCCCAGUGCCAAGAAGAGACGCCGGUUUCUCGUUAAAGCCCCUGAGGGUCCUCCAAGGAAAGACAAGAAUUUGCCAAAUGUGAUUCUCAAUGAGAAGCGGAACAUCCAUGCAGUGGCUCAUCAGGUGCGGAUGCUUCCAUAUCCAUUCACACACCAUCAGCAAUUUGAAAGGACCAUUCAGACCCCUAUAGGAUCUACAUGGAACACCCAGAGGUCCUUCCAAAAGCUGACUAUGCCCAAGGUUGUCACCAAGCCAGGCCAUAUCAUUAAGCCUAUAAAAGCAGAGGAUGUGGGCUACCGGUCUUCCUCAAGGUCGGACCUCUCUGUCGUACAGAGAAAUCCAAAACGACUCUCCAUACGUCACAAAAAACAGCUGAAGAAAAAGUCUGUAGAUUGAGUUGCUGGAGUAGUGACACCUUGGUGCCUGUAACUGGGAGCCCUGACUGCUCCUCCAUUGGUCCGGUUUUACUCCGAGCUGCAGGAUCAGUUCCAAAACUGGCUUAGCACACCGUGGGUGUAGUUAAGCCACAUUUUAGAAAUAAAGGCGUUCUUUUAAUCUA